UACAGUUUGAAUUUUAUUGACUUUAUUUACAAAUCGUUUAUAAUUUGUGCAUACAACAUGGGUAUUGUUAGAAAAUGUGUGCUGAACAGGAAUUCAAUAAGAUACGUCUCAACAAACGCAACGCUCGGAACAACAGAUGUGGGGUCGCGUGAUCUGAAAUCAUGGAAGGAAAUACCCGGACCAUCGAAGAUGAUGUCUCUAAUUACGAACUACGCGAAAUUUCUUUUUCCGAAACACAUUCAAGCUGCAACGGAGAGGCCAAUGUAUGAUAUGAUGCACAAAUUAUAUGGACCUAUCGUUAAAGUGGAUGGGAUUUUUGGUGCGCGUACUAUAAUCAUUUUACUGGACGCUAAAGCAUCAGAAGAAGUUCUUCGAGGCGAAAAUUGGUUGCCUAUCAGGCCUGGUUUUGAUACUCUAGAAAGUUAUAGAAAGGGUAAAAAUAAAGCUACCCCCGGCUCUCCAACUGGACUCGUGACAGAUCACGGUGAAGUUUGGAAGAAAUUUAGGUCAGCGGUGAAUCCGAUUUUAAUGCAGCCGAAAACUAUAAGACUAUACCGGAAUACAUUAACUGAAGUAGCUGACGAAACUAUAACCAGACUAAAAUCCAAAAGAAACUCCGCAAACAUGAUAGAAGAUGACUUCGAUUUAGAAAUGAAUCUGUGGUCUCUCGAGUCAAUUGGUGCGAUAGCGCUCGGGAAACGACUUCAUUGCCUGGAUUCCACACUUCCAAAUAACUCGCCUGUAAGACAACUCAUUCAAACCGUUCGAGAUAUAUUUGUGCUGGUUGAAAAACUUGAGUUCCGACCGAAUGUUUGGAGAUACAUCUCGACUCCCAUGUACAGACAAAUUAUGAAGCGAUAUGCGGACCUCGACAGUCUUACGACACAAUUCAUCAAAGAGGCCAAAAACGAUCUGAGUACACGGAACAAAAAACCAAAUGAAGAGAGAGGAGUAUUGGAAAAACUCCUUGAAAUUGAUGAGAAAAUAGCAACCAUCAUGGCCAGUGAUAUGUUAUUCGCAGGCGUUUAAAUUAUUUGCUUAGCUGUGAUUGCAACUCUAUAUCUGCUGGCAAACAAUCCUGAAAAGCAAAACAAACUGCGCGAAGAGCUAUUAUCUGACAGCGAUAAGCGGCCAUACUUAAAAGCUUGCAUAAAGGAGUCAAUGCGAAUGUUGCCAGUCGUGAUGGGAAAUAUAAGGAAAAUUUCAAAAGAAUACCAUCUACUCGGAUACAAAAUACCCAAGGAUACGCACAUUUUCUUCAUCCACCAAUACCUGUCCAUGCUGGAGGCUCACUUCCCUCGACCGACCGAGUUCAUUCCUGAGCGAUGGGUUGCUGACAAGCACGACCCCAUGCACUAUCGCAAUGCCGACCCAUUUGCGUAUAAUCCAUUCGGCUUCGGGGCGAGAAGUUGUAUAGGGCGUCGGAUAGCUGAAUUGGAAAUCGAAACUUUUAUAAGUACAGCGAUACAAAACUUUCGACUCGAUUGGAUCGGCCCUCCGAUAAAGACACGGAUGGGUGCUAUUAACUACGUCGUAAAACCAUUCAACUUUGUUUUCAAUGACAUUUAAUGAGACGAUUUUAAAGGUCGAUCUAAAAAAUAAACGAUAUUUUUCGUUUAAAUAAAAUUAGGAGUAACAUUCAUAUUCAUAAAUAUAGUAUUUUAUUAAUUCAAAGAAUGGUUUUAUCAGGCCUUGGGUUCACCAUAAAUUAUGCCUUUUAGCUGAUCAUGUCAUCUUAAAACUGUACUAUUUCUAUAUUAUUCCUCAGUUAUUUCUCAUAACUCAAAAUUAUAAAAAAUCAAAACAAAUUAUAAAAAAUCUUGUCACUAAAGUUCGUUUGCCUUUUAAUUCUUUCUGUAUACGAUAUUGAAUGUUGACACGUUGGGAUAUUAAUUAUUUUCGAUUUCGAUAAGUCAAACAUACCUAAUGUUACCAAAAUUCCAUAACAAUAACAUAGAGUUAAGCGUCUAAUAAAUGCUUAAUAUCUUACAUACUUGCAUACGGACUACCAGCCAGUCUAUCACAGUUUCCUAAGAGUAACAGAAGAGUUCAAAUACCUGUUAAAAAUCUAUAAUACCAUUAGUUUUUAAAACUAUAAUAUAUUUACUAUAAGCGUAUAUAAUAAUAAAAUAUACUUCUCGCAAUCCUUAGUCAUAAAAUUGAAAGAUCGUCGAUACAUGCUCCCCUAGUAAAGUGUUUCGACUCUUCAUGAAUAUAUUAUACGAAAUAAGGCUCUUGCAUUAUUUAACAUAAAAAUGAAUACACUGAUAUGAAUUCAUAUGAAAAAUUCUCUUGUGUAUCGUUCCCUCCCAUUUGGAUGCGACGAAAUUGUACUCGCAUUGUGACAGGUUAAAAGACAGUUUUUCUUUUGGUUUUCAGAUAACGAAAAAAUACUUAAUAUCUACACGUUUACGGACUUUUUAAUGCUCGUGAAUCUGAAUUAGUCAUGCAUACUAAAACAUUUUUUUUGACAUUGAUUUA